CAGCCGCAUCCUCGCUGCCACCCAGAGGUGUCACUCAGCCGCUUUCCUCCAAUGGAAAAGUUUAGCUGAACGGGACGCUCCGGCGGGUGGGCUGUGGGACGAUGCGGUUCGGGUCCAGGUGUGCCAUGCGGAGAGUGUCGGCCAACUGAAAUUUCCCAUUCUGCCUCAAAGAUCACAUCAAUCAGAACAGAGUACCGAUCAGAUUCCAGUGCCCUCUUUUUCCUAAAUUUAAAAUCUCUGUGUGGAAGUCAUGGGAAUCAUUUUAAUGUGUCGGCGACCCACUUGAAACUCUGCAGUUGCUCACAGCAGUGCUGCCAUUUCAUCCUGCAGAAGUGUAAGCAUGUGUGACGGCGCAGCAGGAGAUCUCUAGCCCUCUCCAGUUCAUGCCCUGUCCAUCGACUUCUUGAUUGUGUCCCUCUGCCCAUCCGCCUAACUCACGUGGCUGCAGUAAGUCAGUUUGUUGACUAUCAUGGCUUCCACUGCUUUACUGUUCCUGGCCCUCUCCUCCUCCGUCUCCCUCACAGUGGCGGUCCUAUUUGGUGAGCCUAGAAUUUAUGGAGAGGAUGCUACUGGAUAUGGCCCCAUCUUUGAGGAGGAGCCUGUGGAUGUGGUCUAUACUGAGGACUCACCUGAUGGGAGAAUCUCCAUGAACUGCAGGGCACGAGCGAACCCACCAGCUUCAUACAGGUGGCGCCGUGAUAACUGGGAAAUCAAGCUGAUGGAGCAGCCAGACGAACACUACAGCCUUGUGGGGGGGAACCUGGUUAUCACAAACCCCAAACAGAAGAAACACGCCGGGACGUACGUCUGCGUGGCCAAGAACAUCUAUGGCACCGUCAUCAGCAAGGAAGCCAGGGUCAAGUUUGGAUUUGUGGAGGAGUUUCCCCAGGAGGACAGAGACCCAGUGUAUGUCAAAGAGGGACAGGGGGCUGUUCUGCUGUGCGCCCCUCCAAAAGCCUGGCCACAGGAGGUGACCUACCGCUGGAUCUACAAUGAGUUCCCAGUUUUCCUGCACACGGAUCAACGUCGGUUUGUCUCCCAGAAGACGGGGAACCUGUACAUCUCCAAAGUGGAAGCUCAGGAUGCAGGAAACUACUCCUGCUUCGUUUCCAGUCCCAUCAUAGGGAAGAGUGUCUUCUCCAAGUUCAUCCCCCUCAUCCCCUUACCCCCUGAGGACGGUGAGGAGAGAAAGUACCCAGCAGACAUCAGGGUGAAGUUCCCAGAUACUACUGCUAUGCUGGCCUCUAAUAUUACGUUAGAGUGCUUUGCACUGGGAAACCCCGUCCCUCAUAUUGUUUGGAGGAAAGUGGACUCGACAGACCUCCCACCAAAUCAUGAGAUCAGCGAAUCUGGAGCUGUGCUUCAUCUGUACAACGUACAGUAUGAAGAUGUGGGCGGAUACGAAUGUGAAGCCAUCAAUACUAAAGGAAAGGACUGGCACAAAGCCUGGCUGUAUGUGGAGUCUGCUCCAGAGUGGGCAGAAACCAUCAACAACACUCAGAUUGACAUCGGCUCAGAGCACACCAUGCGCUGUGUGGCGUCAGGGAAGCCCUUUCCUUUCAUCCGCUGGUACAAAGAUGGAUAUAUGUAUGGGAAGGGGGAGUUGAAGUUUUCCAGUCUCACUUUUGAUGACUCAGGAAUGUACCAGUGUAUCGCUGAGAACUACUGGGGCAUCAAAUACGCCAACGCUGAGCUGCGAGUCAUCGCCUGUGCUCCUACAUUCGAGUUUAACCCUGUGAAGAAGCAGCUUCUUGGAGCUAAAGAUGGCCGUGUGGUGAUCGAGUGUAAACCUCGAGCUGCUCCUAGACCGCGGUACACCUGGACAAAGGGCAAAGAGCUCCUCUUCAACAAUUCACGCAUUUCCAUCCUGUUUGAUGGGAGUCUGGAGAUCCUCAAUGCCACUAAAAAUGAUGAGGGUGUCUACAACUGCUUUGCUGAGAAUGACAGAGGAAAGGCCAACAGCUCUGGCUAUCUCACCAUCACAGAGGCUACCAGCAUCACAGAAGCGCCUGAAGACACUGAGGUAAAGGUUGGUGAUGAGGUGAUUCUGAGGUGUGCUGCUUCAUACGACCCCAUGCUGGACAUCGCAUUCAUCUGGGCCAUAGACUUUAGGGUCAUCGACUUUGACUCUGAAGGGCAACACUACGAACGCGUUAUGAGUGAAGAUGGCAGGGGUGACCUGAGAAUAAAGAAUGUCCAGAUUUGGCACGAAGGUCGCUACACCUGCACGACUCAGACAGUGGUGGACAGCGACACAGCAUACGCUGACCUCAAGGUUGUAGGUGUUCCCGGGCCUCCGGGUGUGAUCCGGGUGGAAGAGAUCGGGGACACGUGGGUGAAGCUGUUGUGGACUAAAGGAGCGGAUCAUAACAGCCCCAUUCUCUACUACACCAUUCAAACCAGACACUACUGGGCUGUGAAUGAAGACGACUGGAGGGACGCCAGCACAUCUCCAACCCUUCUUGACGGGAAUGCGGAGAGGGCAGAAGUGACAGACCUGUACCCCUGGAUGGAGUAUCAGUUCAGGAUCAUCGCCACCAAUGAGCAUGGCUCCGGAGAGGCCAGCAUCCCCUCCCUCAAGAUCAAAACCUGGGAUUCUUCUCCAGUGAUUGCUCCCACUGAUGUGGCAGGUUAUGGAGGUAGAAAUGGCGAGAUUGUCAUCACAUGGACACCUGUGCAGCCAUGGUAUUUCUACGGCAAAAAGUUUGGUUACAUUGUGGCAUUCAAGCCUUACGAUGCUUACGACUGGUGGUACGAGACCAUUUCAGACCCCGAGACAAGGCGUUACGUUCACAGGGACUCCUACUUCAUUCCAACUGACGAAGACUUCCAGGUCCGAGAGUUUCAGGUGAAGAUCAAGUCGUUUAAUGUGAAAGGAGACGGCCCGUACAGCCCCACCCAGGACAUCUACUACCCAAGGGAUGUACCUACAGAGUCACCGACAGACGUCUAUGCCAGACCAGUGUCCUCCACCGAAGCUCUGGUCUGGUGGUUGCCAGUGGUCGACACUGGUACAGGCCUGCAGCAGUACAUUGAGGGAUACCAGGUCAAAUACUGGAGAAAGUACGAUGAUCCGGAGCCGGGAGCACACCGUAUAUUUGUUCCAGCCACAGUCAAUCAGACCAGGUUGGAGAACAUGCUGCCAGAUGCUCACUACCUCAUUGAGGUUCGAGCCUUCAAUGGAGCCGGCCUCGGACCCCCUGGUGAACACUGUGAGAUGUUCACAAAGAGACCACCACCACCAGACCCUCCCAGGAUGUGGCGCUAUAUUACCUGGACUGGACAGUGGUUGUAUGUGUGGUGGGAUCAUAUCCAGUAUGACUGGUUUGGCAAUAUUUCCUUCCCACUGUAUUACAAGGUCAUGUUCAGAAAGACAGGCUACAUCUACGGGAAAGUCUACAUCACUGGCUGGCACUUCAUGGACUUCCCCAUGCCUCAGGUUGGAGACUAUGAGCUGAUGGUACGUGGCCGUUAUGAAGGUGGAGAUGGCCCAAUCAGGAAGAUUAGGAUUCAGGGUAAAGCAUCUAUGAUCACGCCCACUCUAAGCCUAGUGUCUUUGGUGCUGCUGGCGCUGUGCAUUGUGGGAUUGGAAAUUUAAGUCUGCCACAAAUGACAUGUAUAUAAUAGACUCUGGGAAGUAAAUAUAUGGACCUACUGUAAUAAGAGAUCCAGUCUUCUCCUCCAAACACUCCUAACACUGAUAGUCAUUGGUUAAGACCCUACAUCUGUCCUGCAUCUGUUCUGUUGUAACACCACACGGAAGUUGUUUUUCACAAAAAAAUGGACUUACUUCUUCUAAAUGAACAAUGCAGCAGAACUGCAGGAUAUAGGCAGUAAAACGUGGAACUCCUGCAUCUGGCCAUAAUUUUAUGUCAGUUAAAGAGAAGAUCCUAAAUAUCUGUGGCAACUCCAGAUGUUUCAUUCAAAUCACCCCAAAGUCAAAGCCAAAACGAAUGAAGACAGAUGAUAAUUGUUGAAUGAUGUCUCGACGCACUGUUCAGAUAGAAAUCUAGAAAGCACCUAGCAUCUAGAAAAGUCAUUUUUAAGUUGUGUUUGCUGAAUGAAAAAACGGUUCUAUCACUACUGCAAUAUGUCCUAUCCAUCUUCUAUCAUUCAUCUUUCUUUAUGUUCUAAUCACUGUUUCCUGUUUGGAGUUGAGCUGGACAAACAGUACCAAGCUACAGUUUAACCCAAAGAAACGGGAAAUGUUAUGUAUAACAAGCACUGUCAAUUUCUCAGAUGGUCAAGCAAAGAAUAUUAUGUAAAGAACUGUAUAAUAAUCACUGCAUUUGGUUUGGAAUGAGCAGAGAAGGAUGAGUGACUGGAUUUUAUGAACAUAUAAUGUCACUUAUCCAUUUUUCUUCUUGGAGCACACGGCGUGUUACAUUUUAAAUGUUAUUCUUCACAAUCAUAAGAACACUGCUCUAGAUUCUAAAAGGUGUUCUCACUUUUGUUAAACUUUUUUAGAUUAAUUUUCUAAAUUUUCAAUGGUGCUGUGUGACAGGUACAAAGGAUACUUGCUUCAUGUUAAUUUCAAGUUUCAUCCUCACCAGGAUCAUGUGCAUAGACAAUUUAAGUAUGAGUUCUAGCUGCACCAAUGAAGGCAGUAUCACUUUGAUGACAACUUCCUUUGAUACCAGUGAUGAUUUUUGCAAGUGAAAAUGUAAUAUUUGAAUGAACCAUGAGACCGGGGUUGGACAGAAACUACUGUAUAUCACAUAUAUAUGUAUGCUAAUUUCCUUUAUGUCGGGCUGCAAAACCAUUAAACAGAGUACAACAGUCUA